AGCGUGCGCACGGCCCCGCCAGCCAGUCACCCGCUGAACGCGCCGCCGAGCAGACCCGACCCACAGCUCAGCUCAGCUCCCCGAGCCACUCUACAGCGGCUCUCAGCAGCCCACAGCCAGGCAGCAGCCCGCCCCAUCCGCGCAGGCCUUGCUCGUGCAACACCCGUCGUGUUAUGUGCGUGUGCGAGUGCCGCCCCCGGUCCUCUGGUGUGGGUGGAUACGCGUACUCGCGCGCCCCUACGGCCAUGGCCUCCUCCGUGUCGGUGCUCCUGCGGCCCGGCCACGGCGCCGCGUCCGCCGCGACCAACGCCGCCAAGCCCAAAGCCAAACUGGUUAGUGUUCAGUGAGACGCCCCUAGUGACGAUUGCGACGCAAGGACACUGCGACUCCCUUUGGAUACCGUCUGGAUUUACUCUCCGUGUGGUGAUUGUGUGUGUGACUGUGUUUGGACGAGACUGAUUGCCAAGUGGGGACCAUGAGUCCCAUCGCCGUUCAGGCGGGCACCAAAUCCGGUGUGGACGUGUGGCGAGACAGGCGAUGGCGGAAGGGCAGAGAUCACCAGGACGACCGCGAUGAGCACGGUCCCCAGCACGGCUCCCUCCUCAAGUGCCUAGCCCUGCAGGCGCUCGAGCUGUCCGCCCCGGCCUCCGACGUCCUCCUCAAGUCCGGCAGCCAGGCCCUGAACCAGGCCCUCGCUCAGACUAACAACGCCCAGGUGCACCAGGUGUUCAGCGCGCAAGCGUCCGCCUGGUUCCAGCUCGCGGGUCACCCCGACUGCUUCGCCCCCGCGGGGCCCGGCCGGAUAUGGAAGAAGGUUGGCGACAACACCGAGAAAAUGGCGUACGAGGCCCUAUCUUGCGACCCCGCACUCCGCGGCCUCGUGCCCCGCUACCACGGCAGCGUGUCCUACCGGGACCACACCUUCAUCGAGCUGCAGGACUUACUGCAUGGCUUCUCGGACCCGCACGUCAUCGACGUCAAGAUGGGCACCCGGACGUUCCUCGAGUCGGAGGUGGACAACCCCACCGCGCGCGCUGACCUCUACCAGAAGAUGGUCGCCCUGGACGCGUCGGCGCCCACGGCCGAGGAGCACGCGGCCAAGGCCGUGACGAAGGUGCGCUACAUGCAGUUCAGAGAGCAGCAGAGCUCGACGCACUUCCUGGGCUUCCGCGUGGACGCCAUGAAGGAGCGAGGACUGCCGCCGCGCAACUCGGACCUCGCCAAGGUGUCGAGCCGCCAGGAGGUGGUGGGCAGGAUGACGGACUUCCUCGGGGGGCGCAAGGACGUGCAGCGGAGACUCCACACCCGCCUCUGCCAAAUGCGCGACCGGGUAGAGCAGUCCGAGUUCUUCCGCACACACGAGGUCAUUGGCUGCAGUAUUUUCAUGCUGUACGACGAUCGGGAAGUUGGAGCGUGGUUGAUCGACUUCGCCAAGACGGUCCCUAUUCCCGACGACAGAACGCUUGACCACCGUACCCCCUGGAAACCUGGAAACCACGAAGAAGGGUUCCUCUUCGGUCUCGAUAAUCUCAUUCAAGUUUUAAAUGACGCGUAGGCACGUGUGCUGAGCAAAGACUGCUGCUAGUUACCCAAACAAAGACACAACCUCUGUUGUCAACUUGUGCAAAGAUUUGAUUGCCAAAUAUGACUGCCAAUUCUCUGUUCCUCUCUCACUUUUUCUUUCUUGUCUCUUUUUUUUCAACUGUGUUUCUGAGCUGACAACAUUGGACCCUACUUAGUUAAGAAUAACUUACAACAGGUAUUGCCAUUCUACUGUGUAGAAUGUUUUAUAUAUGUGAUAAGUUUGCGUUAAGCAAACUUUUGUGUAGUGACUUAUUGUAAGCUACUGUAAAGCAAGACAUGUGUGCAUAUUAUAUAGUCAUUACAUAUAGCCGAGUGCAAAUACAUAUUAUUUAUUCAGUAUU